AUGGUCGCAAUCACUGUCCCUGAUAACUACGGCGCCGUCAUCGCCGUCGCCCUCGGCGCAAUCCCCGUGCUCGGCUUCAUCCACGGCAACAUCACCGGUUCCCUGCGCAAGGGCGCCAAGGUCCCCUACCCGCACAGCUAUGCUUCGCUUGAACAAUGCAAGGAAAAUGCCAAAGCCGAGCAAUUCAACUGCGCCCAACGCGCCCACGCCAAUUACCUCGAAAACAUGUCGCAGACAAUUCUAUUCACCCUCGUCGCUGGUCUGAAGUACCCCCAACUCGCUGCUGGUCUCGGUGCCGCCUGGGUGGCUUUCCGUUCGAUCUUCCUGUACGGCUAUGUUUACUCGGGCCAGGCGCAGGGUAAGGGCCGCCUGUACGGUAGCGCGUUCUGGUUGGCACAGGGUGCGCUGUGGGGAUUGACUGUGUUUGGCGUCGCCAAGGAACUGAUUUCCUGGUAA